AUAGAUAGAGAGAGAGAGAGAGAGAGAGAGAGAGAGAACGUAAAGGGAGUGGGGAGCAGUGGAAGUUGGUGCAUGGACUCGGCGGGGGCAGCAGACACGUCCACGGGGGGUGAAGGGCCGUCCAGUGGCGGCGCGGGGAAGGCCGGGCCGCAGAGGGGGGCGGCUGCGGCGGCGCCGAGCAGGUACGAGUCGCAGAAGCGGCGGGACUGGAACACCUUCCUGCAGUACCUGCGGAACCACAAGCCGCCGCUGGCGCUGGCGCGCUGCAGCGGGGCGCACGUGAUCGAGUUCCUGCGCUACCUGGACCAGUUCGGGAAGACGAAGGUGCACGCCCCCGGGUGCGCCUUCUACGGCCACGCUAGCCCGCCGGGGCCCUGCGCCUGCCCCCUGCGCCAGGCCUGGGGCUCCCUCGACGCCCUCAUCGGCCGCCUCCGUGCCGCCUACGAGGAGUCCGGCGGCACCCCCGAGACCAACCCCUUCGCGGCCCGCGCCGUCCGCAUCUACCUCCGCGACGUCCGCGAGAGCCAGGCCAAGGCCCGCGGCAUCCCAUACGAGAAGAAGAAGAGGAAGCGCGCCCCCGCCGCCGCCGGCCAAGCCCACCCCGCAGGUGAGUCAUCCACCUCCACUGUUCUCAGUGGCGGAAGUUCUGGUUCAGGGGCCGGUGACGGAUCUGGCGCUCUGCUUAGGGGCUCCUCUAGUUCCUGAGUCGCUCUCUCUCUCUCUCUCUCCCUCAACCUCCAUCUCUCUUCUAUUGUUCUUGGCUCGUGCAUGAUGCUGUCAUUGGCGAUUCUCUACAUACCUAAUGAAGAAAGAGGGAAGAGACGGCAACUCUCUGUGUCUCUCUCGAGCUUCUUGGAACUGAAUCCGACUACUGCCGACAUUAAUUGAUCGCAGAUCGCUGUGUCUUCCUCUUGUAUUGAACCCUUUGGUAAUCAUCGUUCAUUUGUUCCAA